AUGGCUACACAGAGUCUGCUGAGCAGUGUCUCGCCAACACAGCUCCUCUUCUCCAGUAUCCUCGCUUACCUGGUAUACGGCAUCUCUCGAGCCCUGUACAACAUCUUCCUCCACCCGCUGUCGAGCUUCCCCGGCCCCAAGCUCCGCGCAGGCUUCUACUUCCCGUUCUACUACGAACGACUCACCGGCGACUACAUCCAGCGGUGGCACGCGCUGCACGAGGAGUACGGCGAGUUUGUGCGCAUCGCGCCGGACACGCUGUCCACCGUGUCUCCGGACGCCUGGCGAGACAUCUACGGCGCGGGCAAGGAGUUCCAGAAAGACUGGCGGUUCUACCAGCGCGACCCGGCGGACGCGGAGAACCACAUGCUGGUGGCCCCCGACGCAGACCACGCGCGCAUGCGCCGCUCCAUGGCGCACGCCUUCUCCCCGCACGCCCUGCGCAGCCAGGAGGACUUCAUCACCGGCUACUUCGACCUGCUGGUCGCCAAACUGCGCGGCCGCGCCCAGGCCGGCGAGCCCGUCGAUAUCACCCGCUGGAUGAACGCCGCCACCUUCGAUAUCACGGGCGACCUGGCGUUCGCGGAGCCGUUCGGCGCGCUGGAGAGUGACACGCGGCAUGCCUGGAUCGACGCGACGCUGGCGGGCGUGAAGUGGCUGCGGCUGCUGGAGCCGCUGCGCGCGUACCCCGUCGUCGGCGUGCCCGUGUUCGCGCUGCUGAAGCGCUGGCCGGCGCUUGAGCGCGCCCGGAAGCGGCAGUUUGAUUAUAUUGAUGGGAAGCUCGCAAGGCGGCUGCAGUCUACGGCGGACCGCAAGGACUUCCUCGGCCACAUGACCGCCCACACCUCCCCCGGCACCGGCUUCACCCCCGGCGAACUGCGCCUCACCGCCUCGCUCCUGAUCCUCGCCGGCAGCGAAACCACCGCGACCUGCCUCAGCGGCUGCAUCGCGCUCCUCCUCGCCCAUCCCCUGUGGCUCUCCCGCCUCGCCGCCGAACUCCGCACCUUCUCGCACCCCAGCCAACUCUCCUUCGCCGCCCUCGCGCCCCUCCCCGUCCUCACCGCCGUCCUCACAGAGGCCCUGCGCCUGUACCCCCCCGUGCCCGCCGACAUGCCGCGCGUCGCGCCCGCGCACGCCACCGUCGCGGGCCGCUGCGUCCCAGAGGGAACCCGUGUCGGCGUGCCCAUGUACCCCGCGUACCGCUACUCCCGCAACUUCACGGACGCCGGGCUGUUCCGGCCGCAGCGCUGGCUGGGCGACGCGCGGUACGCGGCGGAUCGGCGCGCGGUGCUGCAGCCGUUUGGCAUGGGGGGGAGGAAUUGCAUUGGCCAGCGGUUUGCGUGGGCGGAGAUGCGGGGGCUGUUGGCGCGGGUGGUGUGGGCGUUUGAGAUGGAGGGGUGUGCGGGUGGGGUGGUUGGGGAAGGGUGGGUUGGUGGGCAGAAGGUGUUUUUGGCGUGGGAGAAAAGGCCGCUGAUGUCGAGUAUGAGGGGAGUUUGA